AAUACGGCGCGGGAGUUCGCACAAAGCACCGGGCGGAGAUUGACGUCGGUUCUGUUGCGUUGCGCGCGACAAUGUUUACGUUUAGCGGGUUUAUAGAGUGCCUGUGAUCUGUGAGUGAAAUGACGUUUUCUGGUAAUAUGAAGAGCAAGCCGCGCGUGAAAGACACAUGGGAGUCAGAGCUCGGUUAUGGGUGGUCACGGAAUGGCCAGCGGCGAUGUAGGCACCGGCCAGAAUCCACGAUGUCUGUUAGUAGCGAUAUAAGGUUCACUCGUCGUAAAUUGAGUCGACCUUGCAGAGGAUGCUGUGCGGCCAUCGCUGCCCUACUUGUGUUAUUGUUACUCGCCGCUGUCGCCGUCUACCUCGGACAUAUGUACCUUUUUGGAGAUCCUUUGAACCGGCAAACAUUCAAGGGAUCGUUUAUAGUAUCGCCCUGGAGUUCAAAAGAGGAAUUAUCAUUAAAUUUAGCUGACAAUAGCACUCGAGAAUCAGAGUUACAGCAAAUAUUAUCUGAUGUGUACAGCCGCUCUGAGCUACGAUCAUGCUUUGUGGAUGCGGACAUAUUGGCGUUAGAUAAUGCAGAUGAAGGAACUCGAGUCCACUUUGAGGUGUCAUUUGAGCCGAUUUUUACAGCGGUUAGUACACCUGCGGUCAUUGACGUCAUGGCACAGGCUCUACUUACACCUUACUUCACUGGCCUGGGUGCUGUUCCUGAUACAUUACAUAUAGAAGAAAGCUCAGUGAUAUCAUCCGAAGCGCUCAAAGAAAGUGAAACCACAACAACCGAGGCGGCAACAACUGAGAUCUUAUUAGAAGUGGAAGAAGAGCUGCGAGAGUGUUCACAUUUGGCGUUAUCACUUUGCUCGCAUUUACCAUACAACAUAACAACCUAUCCAAAUCUAGUCGGUCACGCGUCCAAGGACGCCUUGUUGCGCGACCUCGUUGCAUUCAGGGAACUAUUAGAUGCGGAGUGUUCUCAUCUUGCACAGGACUUUGUGUGCCAACUGCUGCAGCCCCGAUGUGAGGAGAGACACUUAGUCUACCCGUGUCGAGCAUAUUGUCGCGCCUUCCACGCGGGAUGCGGCGAACGACUGCCUGACCGUUUGCGACCACAUUUUGACUGUUCUCGCUUUCCUGACUACCACGGCCCGGGAUCGUGUGCGCCAGAACCAGAUUGUCGCGGCGGCCUGCAGCGGCUUGCUCUAUCAAGACGUGCAUGCGACGGAAUACCAGAUUGCACGGAUGCUGCUGACGAACGCAGUUGUUCUCACUGCGCAGCCGCCGGUACCGACAGCAUUCGAUGUGCGCUCAAUGCAAGGUGCCUACCGCCACAUUUGCGCUGCGAUGGUACACCCGAUUGCGCUGACGGUAGCGAUGAAACUGGAUGUUUGUGGGUAUCUCGAUCAUUAGCUUCUUGGAAAAGGGAAAAUGGCGAGACAACAAUGGGAGCGGUAAGAACUCGGGUCGGAUACGCCGUAUGGGCAGAAAGGGGACGUUUCGGAAAGAUCUGUGCUACGCCUUAUGAGAAUGACAAGAGAGCCCUAAUGAGCGUCGCAACAUCACUAUGCACUGCUCUUACUUACAAAUCAGCAAUUACUGCAGAAGCCGUCCCUGAUGUCGAAGGGGAUACCGAAGACGAUCAGGAAAAUAAUUACAAACCGGAGUACGUGGAAAUAGUCAACCCUGCUGCGGCUGAAAUUUCAUUUAUCAAAACUGAGUGCCCAGAGAGAAAAGUCAUAAAAAUUGUCUGUGACCAGUUAGAAUGUGGUGUACCAUCAGCGCGAGGAUUAAAUGCGGUUAAAGGAGUUGAGGGUUUAUCGAGAUCAGCGCGUCCUGGCGACUGGCCCUGGCAUGCCGCACUGCUUAGGUCCCAUGUUCACGCCUGUGAUGCUGUCCUUGUACAUUCAUCAUGGCUUAUUACUACUGCGUCUUGUUUUCAGGGACAACCAAAGGCUGAGUGGACAGCAAGAUUAGGAACUGUGCGCAUUCAGAGCACGACACCAUGGCAACAAGAACGACGAAUUGUUGGAAUGAUUCGUUCACCAGUAGAAGGCAGUAUGUUGGCAUUGGUUCGAUUAGAAGAACCUGUCGAAAUGACUGACUUUGUCAGACCAGCUUGUUUACCCGAGAACGGUUUCCACGCACAUAAUCAAAGUGUUUGUAACACUCUCGGUUGGACAAGAAAUAGAGACCAAUUACAAAGAGUGCAUGUUGUAACAACUUCUAUGAAUACUUGCGAAAAUGUCAGCAUAGCUACAGGAAAUGGUAUUUGUGCUGAGCCGCUAUACGAUCAAGAUGAUUGUGAUGAAGAGGAGUAUGCCGGGAGUUCAAUGAUGUGUUUUGAUGAGAAAUCUAAACAUUGGUCGCUGUUAGGUGUGAGUAGUUGGCGAAUUGCCUGCUCGAAAAUUGGUUUAGGAAGACCCAGAAUUUAUGAUGCUGUUACAUCACAUGUUGAUUGGAUUCAGAAGACUAUAUUAAACUCUUCCAGAUGACCUGAAUUACUGAAUUUACUUUUGAUUAAGACUGGUUUAGAAAAGUUAAAGAAAUUUAAAAAUCAUAAUUUAUGAUCAUAACAUGAAUUAAAAUAGUUUUUAAGACUUAUCAAAUCAGUUAAAAAUACAUUUGUACAAUGAGUGAAUAUAUUAAAUUAACUUGAAUAAUUGUAUAUUAUACAUUUUUCUAGUUGUUAUUUCAUAAUCUAUAAUACUGACACAGAAGUCUUAGAUUAGUCUUUGCAAUAUCCGUUAAAUUAUGUGUAAGGUUGUUAUAAUUUUUAAUAUUGAUAAAAUUGAGUAUUAAAACCAUGAAGCCAUGAUAUGUAUAUUAAAUUUAAAAUUAUUUUUUGUUAGAAUCUUAAGUAUUGACUUUUAAAAAAAAGAUGAAUUUUUCAAUAGUUUGGAGAUUUAUAUCCUUUAAUUCUUUAGAGAUACAAAACAAUUGAAAAAUUCACUUCAACUUUAAUAAGGUGUAUCAUAGCAAUUUAACACAAGUGUAAAUAUUUUUAACCAAAU